AUGAAGACCCAGAAGGCCGGGGCCCCCGGGGGCCCAACGCCAAGCUCUCCUUCCCCACGCCAACGGAUGUCUGGUUUCAGCCUGCGGGGCCGGAAGAAGAAGGAGGGCCUGAUCCAAGGCAAGCUGCGGAUCCGCUCUGUGGCAGGAGCCUUCCUAGUGCUGGGGGUCAUCGUGGUGGUGGUGGGCACGGCUCUGGCAGUGGCUGGGUACUGGCCCUACCGGACCCACCGAUCAUCACAGCUCCUUGGACUUGGACAACAAGGCUCUGGUUCUGUGGACAGAGCAGCAGGAGGUAGAGGUAAGGGUGUCUCUGAGCCCCAGUCAUCCGGUUGGAGCCUGGGUGCUAAGAGCCUCCUGACCUCGACCAGUCUGAUCCACAGUGAGCGGAUGAAGCUCCUGGGACCAGUCAUCAUGGGCGUGGGGCUGUUCAUCCUCAUCUGUGCCAACACGGUGCUGUACGAGAACCGCGACAGAGAGACCCAGAUGCUGCUGGCCCAGAUGCAGAGCGUCAUCUGUUCGGUGUCGGCGGCCGUGCCCUCGGCCGACCUCUCAGACAUGGCAGCAGCCAACUCCAUGGCCAGACACUACCAGUGGGUGAGCAGUCUGCCUGCCACCCACCUUAACAUCCUCUGUCUGCAGCAGCUAGCCAGCUCAGAGCCCCUGCUGCAGACGACCAGAGACAGCAGGGAGGAGGAGGAGAGGGCUGACUAUACGUACCAGCAGGCCACCGUACAGACGGAGGCUCUACACCACCAGGAGUCAGCCUCCACCCCUUCUCUCCACUCCUCCCAUUCCAACUCCUGCAACUCCAGCAAGACGGACUUCAACACGCGGUGGGGCGGUGGUGGUGGUGAGCCAGGCGUAGGGGGCUCCAGCCCAGACCCCCAGCCCGCUCACCUCUUUAAGCUCCACAACUGUCUGGUGUCAGCCAGCUCCAUGUCCACUCUGGGAGGGGACGACUGGUCGGAGGUCACAGCCAUGCUGCCCAGGCGCUCCUACAGUCUUAGCUACAGGACUAACCCCGGCCCUCACUGGCCCCAGACUGUAAUACGUCUACAGGAAGGGGCCAUGCGACCUGGGGGACCUGGGGCAGACCCACAGAUAGUGCAGCCCAAGCCCACGCGGAGGGAGCGCAGCUUGGACGUGUGUGUGAACAUGUUUAGAUGCGUGGAGACCCCGGAGCUCACUCCUGUAGAGGAGCAGAAGCACGGCAGCUGGCCCAGGUUAGACCUGGGCUGUGCCCGCAGGUACCUGAAGCUGGACAAUAAGGAGGACUCGGUGGACAGACUGCUAGACCAGUUGGAGCAGCAGUGUUCUCAGUGGGAUAAGAGUUUCGGCUCAGGGCCUUUCCAAUGA